AUGUCGUCAUCUUCAUCCGACGAAGUUUUUGAAGAAAGAUUUGACGAAGUUUUCGAAGAAAUCUUCGAAGAUACGUUCACCAACAUAGUCGAGGCCCAAACCAGUAACCAAAGGAGCCGUGCUUAUAUUGAACGAAACCGUGAAGGAGGACAAGACCGCUUAUGGAAUGACUACUUCAGCGAAGAUUCGACAAUCUCGUCACAAUUAUUCAGACACCGUUUCCGCAUGAAUAAGGACUUAUUCUUGCAUAUUGUCCAUGGGCUAUCAGAGAACAUUCCAUUCUUUCAGCAAAGAAGAGAUGCAACCGAGAGGUUUGGUCUUUCUGUACAACAAAAAUGUACGGCAGCAAUUCGUAUGCUUGCUUAUGGUUCUGCGGCUGACACUGUUGACGAAUAUCUCCGACUUGGCGAGACCACUGCACUUUCGUGUACCUUAAAUGAUAUCAAUGUCCUCGAUCAGUCUCCUGUGUUUGAUGACCUUUUAGAAGGUCGAGCUCCCAGGGUAAGGUACAUGGUCAACAGACACAUGUAUAAGUUGACAUACUACCUCACAGACGGUAUAUAUCCAAAAUGGUUAACAUUUAUCCAAUCUAUCAAACUCCCUCAAUGUCCUAAACAAGAGUUAUUUGCUAACGUUCAAGAAGCAGCCGGAAAAGAUGUGGAGCGGGUUUUUGGAGUAUUGCAAGCUCGAUUUGGGAUUGUCAAAAACCCGGUUCGUACAUAG